CGAGAUUUUGACAACUUCUGUCAAGGUCAGAACGGUUCAGAUUUUGCAGACAUGAAAAAGAACUCUUGGCAGUACCUUGCAAACCUUUGAUGGGUUGUUUAUCGGUUAAUCGAAUCCGCUCUGUCCUCAUCGCUUCCACGCCAAACUCUACAAUUGACCGUUUCCAAGAUGAAAGUGAACAAAGGAUGUAGAAAAUAUUUAGAACCUGCUUUAUCUGGAUUCGUUUUAAUUAUUGGCAUGGUACUCCUCAAUAUUCAUAAGAAGAUCGUCGAUAUAAUAAUCGAUGAAUUUCUGGUCCUCAAGCCAAACACUUACUAUUUCUCAGAAUGGAAGGAUGCAGCCAAUCUCUUACCUAUAGAAUUUUAUUUCUUCAAUUGGACGAAUCCAGAGGAUCUAUUCAAUCCUUCAGUUAAACCGAAAUUUCAAGAAGUUGGUCCUAUAGUGAUGAACCAAGAAACUCACAGAUGGAAUAUAACGAUCAACGAAAACAAUACGGUCACGUACAGAAAUAAGAAAGUGUUUUUCCUGGAUGAAGAAAAAUCUAAGGCAGCGUUAGAGGACAAUGUCACUUCAGUGAAUGUCGUGCCCAUGUUUGCAUCUGAAAAGGCGAGAAACUGGAAUUUCUUCUACAGAAAAGGUCUUGCAAUCGCAAUUCGUGAUAGCCCCUAUCAUAAGACGACGACCAUAAAGGAGUGGUUGUUUGAUGGUUACGAGGAUUCUCUCCUGGAAACUGCAAGUUAUCUACCAUUCUUGGAUGACAUGCCAAAUUACGACCGGGUCGCUUGGUUCUACAAGAGAAAUGAUUCAGAGAUGUAUGAGGGUGUGUUCAAUAUGGGAACUGGUCUUGGAAACACCACUAUCGGUAAAACAUACAGGUGGAAUUAUAGGAACAUAACCGAUUACAGUGGUUAUUGUGGACAAUUCCAAGCCACCUCCGAACUCUUCCCUCAAAAUCCCAAAAAAGAUAAAAUCGAGUUUUUUUCCUCAGAUUUCUGCAGAAAAAUUAUUUUUUAUUACAAUGGAACUGUUUCGUGGAAAGGGUUAGAAGCAUAUAAGUACGUAGGAGAAGAAGAUUUCUUAGAUACUGGUAAAUAUAAUAAAAAAAAUACUUGUUUUUGUCUCCGAAAAUGUCUCAAGUACGGAGUGUCAGAUUACUCUAAGUGUUCGUAUGGAUUGCCAUCCUAUGUAUCGCUGCCUCAUUUCACUAGAGCUGAUCCAAAGUACAGAGACGACAUAGAGGGUAUGAGGCCAAAUGGCAGUAAACACAAUUUGGAGAUAUGGUUGCAUCCGAGAACCGGGACACUUCUUGUGAUGACGCUCGGAGUUCAAAUGAAUAUGUAUAUGGAACCAAAUCCUAGCAUAAGCAAAUUCAAAGAUGUCCCUGAGUUGAUGAUCCCACUAUUUUGGUUUUACGCUGAUUAUCAGUUAGAUUUCAGGAAUAUGCUUCUUGUGCAAGUGCUUGACCGCUUAGAAGCUUUCCUCAGAAUCAUUUCCUACAUUCUGAUCAUCUCAGGUGCAGCUAUACAUAUAAGAUUUUUCUAUCACUAUCUGCACAGAAGAGAAGAGGAGAAACAUGCAAAUUUAUCCCACUGCCCAGAACAUUUGAAACUAAUGACACAUACAAAUGGCUGUGACAAAUAUUGAGGGUCCUUAAAUUAUGAGAAUUGAGAGAAUAUUGACUGAGAAGCAGGGGGGAAGAUUCAUUUUUGCACUAAUUCCUUGCCAUUUAACUAUUUGACAUAAUAUUUUGUAUAUAGUUUCUUAAUGGCAAAAUUAUGGCAGUUUACUAUUUGUGAUGACUUGAAUUCAAUUUUAUUAGUUUUUAGUUGGGAACUCUCUUUCUUCCCUUUGUGAACGAACGGAUGAUUUAGACUACAUUUUUAACGAUAAAUUUCAAUCAUACACACAUCUCAGCAGGUG